UCGCUCACCAAAAUCGUUCGCCUCCGCCGCACGCCGCGUACGGGCCACCACGUGACCACGACGAACCGUUUAGAGUUUAUAAUCCAAAUUUGAUUCAUUUAGGGUUCCCUAUUCAAUUCUUCACUUAAACUCUUUGUUAAACAAUGAAUCCACUAAAGAGGAAGUCAAUUGAAGAGCCGUCGGGCUCAACACCGCCACAGAAGCACCAAAGUGAGAACUCAAACGGCGCCGUUUUGGUCGAAAAAACUGUUACUUGCUUACACGACGUGUCGUAUCCGCCAGGUUAUGAGCCGACUUCAACUACAACAACUGCCACCGGAACUCAAGAUGAGUCCAAACCAGCAAAGGAGUUCCCUUUCACUCUCGACCCCUUCCAAUCCGAAGCUAUUAAGUGUCUCGAUAAUGGCGAGUCGGUUAUGGUAUCAGCCCAUACUUCAGCUGGGAAAACAGUAGUAGCAUUGUAUGCAAUUGCUAUGUCGUUGCGGAAUAAGCAACGGGUCAUAUAUACUUCACCAAUUAAGGCACUUAGCAACCAAAAGUAUAGGGAGUUUAAAGAAGAGUUUUCAGAUGUUGGUUUGAUGACUGGGGAUGUAACAAUUGAUCCAAAUGCUUCUUGUUUGGUGAUGACUACUGAAAUCUGGCGUAGCAUGCAAUAUAAAGGUUCGGAAGUUACGCGAGAGGUGGCUUGGGUCAUAUUUGAUGAGGUACACUACAUGCGUGAUCGGGAGCGAGGUGUGGUAUGGGAAGAGAGCAUUGUUAUGGCCCCUAAGAACUCUCAAUUUGUAUUCCUCUCGGCAACUGUGCCAAAUGCAAAGGAAUUUGCUGAUUGGGUUGCAAAGGUCCACCAACAACCAUGUCACAUUGUUUAUACCGACUAUCGACCAACACCCCUUCAGCACUACAUUUUCCCUGCUGGAGGUCAUGGUCUAUACUUAGUGGUGGAUGAAAAGGGGAAAUUUCGCGAGGACAGCUUUCAUAAAGCGUUAAAUGCACUAGUCCCCCUUGUUCUGGUCAGUCAAAAAGGAUCCAUAUGCCCAAUGUUGUGGCAGGUUCCAUGA